UCUUUUUUCUCUUCUAAAAUGGAGAAUCCACAUAAAGCUGGCCAAACCUCUUAGCCAAAUGGACUGAUGUGGCUCUACCCCUUGCCCUAACGAAUGACCAUAUAUCACUUUUGUCAUGUUUUAAUUUGUACCAAAUCUCUCACUCCUCGCACCACUUGGUCCAUCCCACAACGCAUGACCUCACAUCUUCAUCUCAUGCUCAGGAUUUCUAGAAUCAAACAGCCCAAACACCUCACCAUUUUUUACCAUCUCAAUCACACCUCUGCAACAAAUAUCACACCUCAAGUUCCCCAUCCCAAUGCUCACUCUCCAACAAGCUCUCUCAAUUCCACCCAAGAUCAAGCCAAAAUCAUAGCAACCCAAUUGUCAAAUUGUACAAACUUAGUAGAACUGAAUCAAAUAUAUGCCCAUAUCAUCCGAACCCGCAUGCUAGAUUUGUACACUGAUCCAUUUCACUGGAACAACAUUAUAAGAUCAUACACUAGGCUUAAUUCACCUUCCAAGGCUCUAUGUAUAUACAUUGCCAUGUCUCGAGCUGGUGUCAUGCCCGAUUCUUACACAUUUCCCAUUGUCUUGAAGGCCAUAAGCCAAGCGUUUCAUGCUGAAUUGGGUGGGCAAAUUCAUUCCAGAGCGAUAAAGAAUUGUCUUGAUUCGAGUGAGUUCACUGAAAGCGGUUUCAUUAGUUUGUAUGCUAAAGCGGGCGAAUUUGACAAUGCACGCAAAGUGUUCGAACAAAAUCUUCAUAGAAAGUUGGGUUCUUGGAAUGCCAUGAUAGGAGGUUUGUCACAGGGUGGGCGUGCUAAGGAAGCUAUUGGCAUGUUCAUGGAGUUGAAGAAAAGUGGGUUUGAGCCUGAUGGUGUGACUAUGGUAAGUGUGACGUCGGCUUGUGGGAGUUUAGGAGAUUUGGACUUGGCUCUUCAGUUGCAUAAAUGCGUCUUCCAAGCAAAAAACAUGGAGAAAUCGGACAUUUUGAUGUUGAAUUCACUUAUAGACAUGUAUGGUAAAUGUGGCCGGAUGGACUUGGCUUAUAGGGUGUUUUCGAGGAUGAUCCAGCAGAAUGUUUCGUCGUGGACAUCCAUGAUCGUGGGCUAUGCCAUGCAUGGGCAUGUGAAUGAUGCAUUUGAAUGUUUUCGUUGCAUGAGAGAGGCAGGCGUGAGGCCUAACCUUGUGACUUUUGUUGGGGUCUUGAGUGCAUGUGUGCAUGGCGGGACAGUGCAAGAUGGAAGAUAUUAUUUUAACAUGAUGAAGAAUGAUUACGGGAUGAUACCCAAGUUGCAGCAUUAUGGGUGCAUGGUGGAUCUACUUGGGCGGGCGGGGUUGCUUGAGGAGGCCAGAGAAAUGGUGGAGAGGAUGCCGAUGAAACCAAACAUAGUUAUUUGGGGGUGUUUGAUGGGGGCCUGUGAGAAAUAUGAAAAUGUAAAGAUGGGGGAGUGGGUGGCAAAGAAUUUGCAAGAAUUGGAACCUUGGAAUGAUGGGGUUUAUGUGGUCCUGUCCAAUAUAUAUGCCGCUAAUGGUUUGUGGGAUGAGGUUGAGAAGAUAAGAGGGAUUAUGAAAAAUAUAAGACUUGCUAAAAUUCCUGGUUAUAGUCUGGCAACAAGAUCAGAUUGAAACACAGGUCUUUUUCAAUUUUGUCUAUGACAUUUCAAUUAUUAUGUGUUCAUUCUUAUCCUUUUAACACCAUCCAAUUGUGUACCUCUUAUCAAAGAAGUUUAUUUAUUUAUCGUAAUGAAGGAUUUCUUUCACCA